ACCAAAAGUUGUGAAAACAAGACUUAAGUGGAAGACUGAAAACAUCAGAAUGAUAUAAAAAAAAAGUGGAUACAACGCGUUAGGUUUCUGUACAAUACACAUUUCCUUUGAUCACCACAUUUCUCAUAUUAUUUGUUGCUUCCAAGCUUUGCCCACUUUCUUGUUACUCAUCUGAUUCCUUAAGAGAAGAGGGAAACACUAGUUUAUGAUUUUAAAUUUGGUGAGACAUUCGAAAGAAAAAGAUCAAAUAACCCACAAGGAGAAUCGAAUAUUAUUUCGUUGAUCAAGUUUUAAUCCAGGUUUCUUCGGAUUGGAGAAUAGAGAUGGUGGGUGAUGUGAAUCCAUCAAGGAACUUGUUUAGACAGAAAGAUGCACAUCCUUUGUCAGUUUUAUGCAGCGGGAAAUGGUUACAGACUGUUAGAAGCAGUCCCAAAGUAUCAUCAUGUGAACUCUCUUCUUCUCCAAGUCAUUUGUCAAGCAAAGUAGGGGAAAACUAUGAGACUGAAUCCGAAAAGAUUCAUAAAAAGGUAAUCCCCUUAUCAAGCAAAAAGUCAUUCUCGUCAAACUAUACCGAGGGAAGCCUUCAGUUCACAAUGAGAGCCAAUGGAACGCCUCAUUUUGUUUUCAAAUUGGAGAAUCAGAAAGAUGUUUAUGUGGCAAGCUAUGUAGAAGACCAAAGUGUUUAUAUGAUCUACCUACAAAGAGGAGAAUCAUCAUCCUCACCACAUCUAGUUGGUAGAAUUAAAGUAUCCACCUUGUCUUCGGACAGAGUCAUAGAGAGAGAGUUUGUUUUGUUUAGUAGCAAUGAUCAGAUACCGAGUAACAGGGAAAACAGAGGAUUAACUAAAAAAGUUGUCAAGAAAACUAGAGGUACCUCAAGAUUGAGCCGAACAAGUUUUAUACCUGAUUUGUGUUCUUGGGAUCAGCCAUUCAAAGAAGAACCAAGCUUUGAUGUUGAGCAGGUGAAUCUUUUGGAAAACAACCUUCCAACAAAUACUGAAGCAUUAGCUGUUGUUGUGAAACAAGAGACGGUUAGAGAAGAAAUUGGAGGUUGGGGAUUGAAUUUCUUGAAGAAAUCGCCGCCGGUGGUUCAAUCAAAUGAUGCUACUGAGACUGAAACUUCAACAUCUGUCACAAGUAUGGAUGUUGUGAUUCCUUCAGGGAUUCAUGGAGGACCUGAAGAUGAACCCUUGAGCUUGAUACAGAGAUGGAAAUCUCAAGGAAACUGUGACUGUGGAGGAUGGGACUUGGGUUGUUCCUUAACCCAUCUUAACGGCCAACCACGAAAAGACCAAUUCGAGCUUCUCAUAGAGGGAUCGAAGCAUGAAACCAUUGGAUUAAAGAUUGUGAAUGUUCACGAAGGACUUUACAUAGUUCAGUUCGAAGCAAAUCUAUCUAUCUUGCAAUCAUUUUCAAUUGCUUUGGCAUUCAUACAUUGCCAGAACCACCGACCGAAGCAUCUAUAGUAAUAAUUAGUUUAGCGUUUUCAUAUUCACUAUACGAUGUUAAUACCAGAAAUGGAGAAACUGAGGAAAAGAUGUCUAAAUAGCCAAAACAUUUCAAAGUCAAUACAUAUUGUCAGGAAAUAAAAAUAUAUUGCUACCAAAAUUCUCAAAUUUGUAUUUAGACAGAUCAUCAAA